GAAAUUUUUGUAAAAUUUGUUAAACAAAAAUAAUAUAGCCAAUAUAUAAAUAAAUAGAUAGAUAGAUAAGUAAUUCCAAAAAGGAUAAACCAUUUUGAAUAAAAUAAACAGACAAGAUAACCUUUAAGUCAAAAUCAAUAGCGAUAAACAUAAAAUCAACAUUUAAAAGAAUAGAAAAUGAUUCAACCAUACAAAUAGGGAAAAGAUUAUCAACAUAAUUUCCGUAAUAGAUAUUUAGAUGAAGACGAAUUAGCUAAGCCUUCCCAAGAAGUAGCUUAACAAAUUACAAAUCACACAUAAUAGUAAUUGCAGACCUAAGGUACCCAAAAGACAUUCUCUACUAAUAAUAAAGUAGUUAAUAGCAUAAACAAGAAAAAUGAUGUUUAAUAUAUUUCAUAUACACCUCAUAAUCAAGCUAUUGGAACUAAUGCAGGUGCAUCUUAAAGAAUUAUCAAGAUGCAUGAGCGCUAAGUCGACCCAUUAGCUCCAGCUUAGUUUAAACAUAAAAAGGUUGCCUAAGGUCCUCCUUCUCCUCCUACUACCAUUAUGCACUCUCCUCCUCGUAAGUUAACCUAAGAAGAUCAAUUAAACUGGAAAAUACCACCAUGCAUUUCCAAUUGGAAGAACGCCAAAGGUUACACUAUUCCUCUCGAAAUGAGAUUGAAAGCAGAUGGAAGAACUCAAUAACAGCACACAAUUAAUGAUAAAUUUGCUAUGUUAAAUAACUCUUUGUAUGUUGCAGAAAGAGAAGCAAGAAAGGAAUUAGAAGAAAGAAAUAAGUUGAUUAGAACCAUGGCAUAGACAGAGCUUAAAAAGUAAGAAGAAGAGUUUAGAAAGUAAGCUUAAGAAGCAAGAGAAAAGUCAAAUAAAUUACUCGAAGAUUCAGCAGCUUCUCUUGAGUAGAGAACCAACAAUGACACUGAGGUUAGAGAAAAGGUUUCAAAGGAAGAUUUGAAGAAUAUUGAGGAAAUUAAGAGAAGAGAGCAAAUGAGAUACAUUGAAAAGAGAGAACUUGAAAGACAACUUCGUCUUGAAAAUGCAGGAAAUAAAAAGGCUAAGUAAGUUAGAGAUUAGGAAAGAGAUAUCUCUGAAAAAGUAGCUCUUGGUCAAGCUCAACCUACCUAGUCCAAGGAAGUUAUGUUUGAUUAACGUCUUUUCAAUUAAAAUUCUGGAUUGGAUGCAGGAUUCGGAAGCGAUGAUGAAAAUAAACUCUAUGAUAAGCCAUUGUUUGCAGACAGAAGCAAUGCAAAUAUUUAUAGAAAUAAUAAUGAAAUUAACUUAGAUGAUGAUGAAGACGACGAUAAACCUGCUGAUAUUACUAGAGUAGUAAAAGCACCAGCUAGAACUUUUGAUGGAGCCAACAAAGCUGCAGGAAACAGAAGUAGACCUGUAGAAUUUGAAAAGGAAUAAAACGAUUACUUUGGUAUGGACUCUCUUAUCACAGAUAAAGUUUAGAAAAAAUUAAAGAAGGAUUGA